GCGCUGCCAGCUCCGACCUGGCGGCGCCGUCAGUUUCACAUGGGCCCGCGUCGGUGCCGGCCCCGGCGCGCGUGGGCGAGCCAGGCGCUGCCAGCUCCGGCCUGGCCGCUCCGUCCGUUUCACGCGGGCCCGCGUCGGUGGGGGCGCCAGGUGCGCGCGCGGGCGGGUCCGGCUCUUCCAGUUUGAGCCAGGCGCAGGUGGCGCCGUCCGCUCCCGCCACGGUUGCACGGAAACCGGUCGUGGGGGCGGCCGAUCUCACCUCCAGCGACGUGCGGAACGUGAACCAGAAAGAGUUGCGCGCACUGGCGACCUCGUUGGGGGUCGGGACUCGGGAGAACAGAAUGAGCUCGGAGGCGCUCCAGGCGGCGUGCUGUCGCGCCCUCCCGCAGGCCCCGCAGCGACAGCACUCCCGGGCGGGCGCGAGUGAGCCAGGCGCUGCCAGCUCCGACCUGGCGGCGCCAGCAGCUUCACGUGAGCCCGCGCCGGGGUCUCGCGCUGCCAGCUCGAGCCAGGCGCAGGUUCAAUCGCCCGUCUCCGCCACCGCGACGCAGAACCCGGUUGCGGGGGCGGCCCGUGUCACCUCGACCGACGUGCAGAACAUGAACAAGAAUGAGGAUCGCGCCCACGACAAGAUCCGCGACAAGAUCCGCGACGAGCGCCCUGAGCGCGCAUCCCGUAAGGAGCUGGCGGCUGCCAAGCGGGGCAAGAAACGAUAUCAAGAGUCACUUACCGCCGUGCUACGCUGGGCUGGGCCAGGGACACCAGCGGAGGCUUUCAUGUGCGGGUGCCUGGAAGACGCGCAGUGGGCAACGUGCGUGGCGUGCUGGCGUGCGCGGUAUGAUUUGCCUGCCGAGUGCGAGUUCUCGCGCGCGCAGCAGGGGCUCAGGGCGCAGCAGGCUCCGUGGGUUGACCCGGGCGCGAGCGUCAUCGCGAGGGCUGGCAAGAAAAGCCACGUGAACCAGUGGCGCUUGGAAGCAGCCGGGUCGGUGGAGGAAGCGCAGUGCUAUCUGAUGCGCAUGUGCGACUUCGUGGCGGGCCCGGUUUGGCGCGCCCCGAGGGGCGACGGGCCCGCGAUCGCGCAUGGGCGCUUCGAUGGUGUUCCCCCGCCAGGCCCUGCCAGCGAGGAGGCGUUCUCCAGAGUGCUCGGUUUCAGCGCGGGCGAGUUCGCGCACCCGGUGGCCGCACUUUCGGACCGCGAGGAAAUGGCAUUGGCAUUGGUGCGUCCGCUCGCGCAGGUGCACACCAUCCCUCGCACGGGUCAGUUGGCGCACGUCGGCCACAUCUGCAACUUUCGCCAAAAGGUCAGCAAGUUCAUCAAGAGUCUGCCGGUCAUGCCUGCGGACAUGCCUGUGGUGCACGUUCGCCCCCGCGCGCUAGGCCCUGCCGGCGCCAAGGGGAAGUCGGCGGGCCGGGCCUUAUUCAAAGUCGACAUCUCCAAACUCAAGGCUGCCUUUUUAUGGUUGCAGGCGAAUGGCCCAUAUUAUGCGGAAGUUGAGUGGCGGGGCGACGCCGCCGAGGCGUGGGCCGGCGACGACGUGGAGGUGGGCGCGACGUGCGAGGCCGACAGCGACGCCCCCCAUGCCCCUCCGGUCACUCCGACAUGUUUCGCCAGGUGGAUGGAGGACGGCCGGGCUGAAGCUGUCGCCGGUGACUUCGAGUAUGCGAUCGGGAACCGACUGCGGGAAGUCAUCUCGGACGGGGAUUCUGAUGGCGAGGGCCCAGGCCCCGCCGGCGCCGCAGGCUCUCGCGCGUGGGCGGAGUGCCCGGUGGACCUCCACGUGUUCCGCGCCGAGCUGGAUGCCGCCAUGAUGGAGGAGUGCGACGAGGGCCCGCAAGUCGUUCACGCUGGCGCGACCGCGUCUGCCGAGGCGGGCGACGAUGUGGGGCUGCGGCAGGGGGUGCUCGACUCGCUGGCCCACGUGGCGCAGGUGGUCAUCGGGCGGCCAAUUGAUGAGCCAGGCUCUGCCAGCCCGCGCCCGGACGACGCGCCUGAGGUGGGCGCGGCGAUGGCGGGGGAUCCAUCGAACGACGCGCCGCGACAAGGGCCCGCCGACGAGCCCACCGCGGCGCCAGGCUCUGCCAGCGCGUGCCCCGACGAGGACCCGCCGGCCCACGGUCGGCCGGUCAAGUACCCGCGAGUGGAUCUUCCGGAGGUGGAGGACCAGCCCGGGCAGGCCAUGCGGGAGGACACGCCUGGGUACAUUGUGAAAGCGUUCCCGAAAUUGUUUCCAUAUCGGACCGGCGGCUAUCGCGGCGCCAGGCCUUGCCAGCGCCGAACGCUUCGCUUCGAGGAGUGGGGUCGGUAUGUGAUGUUGUGGCACGACGGCCGGUUCAUGCGCCACACUCGCUUUCAGUACUGGCUCCUGGACACCAUGCUCCGGGUCAUGGUCCCGGGCGCCCAGCGGACCUUCUUCCGCGCGCGCGAGGCGUGCGAGGAGUGCACCCUCGACUCGCUCAUGGACAAGACCAAGUGGCGCGAGCUGGUGCAGCAGAUGUCCACUGCGACGAAUCUGAUCCCGGGAUCCAUCGGCGAGAGGCGGAAGAUGCGUCAGGAGCUCGAGGCGAUGGUCCACCAUAUCGAAGCGGAGACGGCUGACCUCGGAAUGAACGGGGGCGCCGGCAGGAUCCCGUCUGGCUUUUGCACGCUCACGUGCAGCGUGUGCAAGUGGGCACAGUUGCACGCGACGUUGCUCAAGGCGUACCCGUCCGGCGACGCUGGCGAUGCUUCAUGCAAG